AUGGAACCCGUCACCUCAUUCAAUUUGUUCCCUAAAUUACCUGCAGAGCUUCGUAUUAAGAUAUGGCUCCUAGUCUGUCCAACUCACCAACGCAUUGUCCAUAUUCGAGAAAAAUUGACCGAGCUCGGUGAUAUGAGAGAUGUUGGUUACUGGCCAGAUAAGGCAUCCGAUUGCGACAGCCUAGAUCUAGCGGUUCAAGAAGAUACCUACUGCCCGUACAUUGACGAAGCUCUGCCAGUCAAAUAUGGAAAUGAUUAUCACAUCUGGACAGGCCACGGUCAAGCCCAACUCGCAGAUUAUGGGUUCACUUCAUCUGUUCCUCAACCUGAAAAGCCCACGAAAGAAAAAAUUAAGCAGGACUGGAUCACCAAGUGGGAGAACACUCGUGGAUCUGGGAUCUGGAGCCCGAAUGCGAUACCAGUGGCACUUCAUGUUUGUCGAGAAACGCGGUCUUUGUAUCAACGUUUCGGAUACGCUCUUGCAUUCAAAACUCGCACGCAACCCGCCAUGACUUGGUACAACCAUUCUAAAGAUAUUCUUUAUUUGCCCCCGAAUUAUGUUGGUGAAAUCCAGGAGGUCUUCGAAAUUGGAAGUGGGCUCUACCCCGAGGAUCUAAAAGGAGUGGUAGGACAGCUCUCUUCGGAUGAUCUCGAGCUGGUUAAGAAAAUCGCCGUACCAUUAGACUUCUUGGUGUCGUAUCCCGGGAAUCUUCCGGCUCGACGUGCCAAUGAGUUUGUGUCAUGGUGGAUACCUCUCCUUCGAAGGUUUAAAACCCUACAAGAGCUUGUUAUCAUCACAGAUGGCAACCGGGAUCCACCGCGACAUCUGCACGUGUCUCAAGUAGAAAAAUUUGAGCGGAAAGAUAUUUAUUGGGGUGAUGGGAACCCGUGUGAUUGCAUGGUGAUUGAUACUGCACUAGAAGAUAAUUGGGGUCACUACAUUGGUUGGCUUCCAAAAUGGAAGCCUAGGAAUGGGAUAUCUUACGAUAUUCGAACUUAUGAGCAAUACUACCCUUCCGAAAUGAACGACUGUUAUGAGAAGAUCGCUCGGCGUUACCAAGCAAAUAUUGACGACACCGGUUGGAGUACCUCGGAACCAGGGACCAUCAACAACAAUAUUAGUCCUAGAAUACCAAAAGUCCGGAUUGCGAAUAUCAUCUCUUCAACGUCGACACAGGAAGUCCAAGAGAGCCGAAAACGAUACAGACAGUACGUGAAAAUGCUCUACGAAGCCAGCCUCGAAGAAGACAAAACAGGCUUCAAAUCACCCAGAUACGAGCUUCAAUACCCGCCUCCAGACGGGAUGUGCCGUCACGAGUCCGCAGCAUCGGACUCGUAUCGUUCGCGAACAAUAGAUAUAGAAUGGGCUGUAUUGGCCAGAGCGGCGCUGCCAACAGAAGAAAUCGAAGAUGAAUUAUUCACAGAUGAGUGGGUAGAGGAAGUCCACGCACAGCGCGAGGCAAAACAUGGCGUGAAAGCUGCGUGGAUGGAUGUUGAAGCUCCAUAUUUCCGACACGGAGUUGACUGA